CAUCUUCGUCUCCUUGUCUGUACUACCUUGACUUGAAAGAAAACCCUAAGAAUCUCUCACUCUUACUCACUCUCACUCUCCCUUACUAGGAUCUCGAGCUUCUGGCUUUCUCUGGCAUUGAAUGGUUACCGUUAGAUCUCCGAUCACGGCAAUGUGAGUGCAGCCAAUGUACAUGACCCCGUCUCCGAUCAUCCUUACUGGCGUCUGUUUGCUUCUCUUCAGAACUAUGAUUGGCUGAUCAUUGUGAUUCCUGUUCUUCUCUAGCCCGGUCGUUUGGAGAUCAGUUGCAUAUGGUUGGUUAUCUCGAGAACUGUUGAAAUUAGCAGUUGAUCAAUGAAGAUGAGGUUCUCGGAGUUUAGGUGCUUAUGUAUAAUUUUGUCAACCCUUCUGAUUCCUGGGAAGGCAGAGAUUUACAUAGCAACUGUUGAAGGUGAGCCUGUCAUAAGUUAUUCAGGAGACAUUGAUGGCUUUGAAGCUACUGCUGUGGAAUCGGAUGAGAAGAUUGAUACCACAAGUGAAUCGUUUACGUCUUAUGCCCGUCACCUCGAGAAUAAACAUGAUAUGCUUCUUGGGAUGCUGUUUGAGCGUGGGACCUACAAGAAGCUCUAUAGCUAUCGACAUCUAAUAAAUGGGUUUGCUGUUCAUCUUUCCCCUGAACAGGCAGAAAUUUUAAGACGUGCUCCUGGAGUGAAAUGUGUUGAAAGGGACUGGAAAGUGAGAAGACUUACAACACAUACGCCUGAAUUUUUAGGACUUCCAACUGGGGUAUGGCCUACAGGAGGUGGUUUUGAUCGGGCUGGAGAAGACAUUGUGAUAGGAUUUGUGGACUCUGGGAUCUAUCCACACCACCCCAGCUUUGCAACACACCAUACUGAACCAUAUGGGCCAGUUCCAAAAUAUCGAGGAAAAUGUGAAGUUGAUCCAGAUACUAAAAGGAGUUUUUGUAAUGGAAAGAUUAUUGGAGCACAACAUUUUGCUCAUGCUGCAAUAGCUGCAGGGGCUUUUAACCCUAUAAUUGAUUUUGCUUCUCCUUUGGAUGGGGAUGGUCAUGGAAGUCACACAGCAGCUAUUGCAGCUGGGAAUAAUGGAGUUCCCGUGAGGGUGUAUGGCCAUGAAUUUGGGAAAGCAAGUGGAAUGGCUCCCCGUGCCAGGAUUGCCGUAUACAAGGCUCUUUACAGGCUUUUUGGAGGGUUUGUUGCAGACGUAGUUGCUGCUAUUGACCAGGCUGUGCAUGAUGGAGUGGAUAUGCUUAGUCUUUCAGUUGGACCAAACAGUCCGCCAGCAACAACCAAAACCACUUAUUUGAACCCUUUUGAUGCCACGCUUCUUGGAGCUGUCAAAGCAGGUGUAUUUGUUGCACAGGCUGCUGGAAAUGGUGGUCCUUUUCCGAAGACCUUGGUUUCGUACAGUCCAUGGAUAGUAUCUGUAGCAGCAGCAAUUGAUGAUCGUAGAUAUAAAAACCAUCUGACCCUUGGAAAUGGAAAAAAAUUGGCUGGACUUGGGUUGUCUGCUUCAACACGUGCAAAUAGAUCGUAUACAUUGGUUGCAGCAAAUGAUGUGCUGUUAGAUUCUUCAGCUAUGAAAUACAGCCCCACAGAUUGCCAAAGACCAGAGGUUUUAAAUAAGAAAUUGGUAGAAGGGAAUAUUCUUCUUUGUGGCUAUUCUUUUAACUUUGUUGUUGGUACAUCAUCGAUGAAGAAAGUUGCAGAAACAGCCAAGGCUCUUGGUGCAGUUGGAUUUGUUCUUUGUGUGGAAAAUGUUUCUCCUGGUACAAAAUUUGACCCAGUCCCUGUUAGCAUUCCGGGAAUUCUUAUCACAGAUGUCAAGAAUUCAAAGGAACUUAUAGAUUAUUACAAUAUCUCGACGCCAAGAGAUUGGACUGGGCGGGUGAAGAGUUUUAAAGGUGUAGGUAAUAUUGGGGAUGGGUUAACGCCUAUCCUCCACAAAUCUGCACCACAGGUGGCAUUAUUCUCCGCUCGAGGGCCAAAUAUUAGGGACUUCGGCUUCCAAGAUGCAGAUCUUCUCAAACCUGAUAUUUUAGCUCCUGGUUCAUUGAUUUGGGCUGCCUGGUCUUUAAAUGGAACCGAUGAGCCUAAUUACGUUGGAGAGGGAUUUGCCAUGAUAUCUGGAACUAGCAUGGCUGCACCACAUAUAGCUGGGAUAGCUGCCCUAAUUAAGCAAAGGCAUCCGCAUUGGAGCCCGGCAGCCAUCAAGUCAGCGUUGAUGACAACAGCAACUACUCUGGACAGAGCAGGAAGGCCUCUUCUAGCACAGCAGUAUUCUGAAACAGAAGCCAUGAAGUUUGCCAGAGCUACUCCUUUUGAUUAUGGAAGUGGACAUGUUAAUCCAAGAGCUGCCUUGGACCCUGGGCUCAUCUUUGAUGCAGGUUUGCUUUCUUCAUCCCCCUAAUAUAACUAAUUCGUUUGUCUAAUUCUUUUAUAAAUGGCUAGUUAGCUUGAAAUGAAGAGUCAGGUAAUAUCUAUGAAUUUUUUUUUAACCAUGUUCACAGAGGAUUACCCAAGUCAUAAAAUUCAACUUGAAAGAACUAAUGAACAUCGUCUGAGGCAAAGUCUCAUGAAACUACUGGUUUACUUUAUCCUUCCAAGUCCCCCUUUAUCAAGAUGCUUGGUAAUAAAAUUGAAAGUGACUAAAUUAUGGUAGAAAAGUUCGUGAUUGUGACAAAUGGAAUAGACCUGUUAAAAUCUUCUCCAAAUACAUGCAUGGGAAGAAGAGACGGGGUUAAGUUAAUAUCUUCAACAUAUUUAAGCUAAGAUCUGGAUAUUCUCCGCCUCAUUCUCUAUUCUUCUAUUUUAUUUUUUUUUCCCAACAUUGGGCUCAUGUAGCAAAGUGUAUUAAUGCACUACCAAAGUUGGAGUAAAUUAAAAAAA